UACUUCUCUGUAAUCUAUCAUAUUCCUGUUGGAUAUCGUUCCAGAGCAUCAGGCAUCAGGCAGCCACCCAUGCAUAUAAAGUCCUUAAACUUUUUGUCAUAUCUACUAUAAUCAUUGAUUACAUUUCUAAUCUCAUUACAAUUACCAACUGUUGAUUGUGAUUCUUAAUUAAUUUCCAUCUCACAAAACCCAACAAAUCUGCAACCAACCCAUGAGAAGCCCUACCAGUUUUACCCUUUAUUUUAUUUUCCCUCAGUUUUUGUUCUAGUUAUUCUUGAGCUCUUUACUCUCUCUCAUGCAGCUAUGCGAUGAAAAGGAGGGUAAUAGUUCCUACACUGUUAAAGGACAAAGCUUUGUUUCUUUCAGUUAUGCAGGAGUUGCAUGUUAAUGUUCAUCAAGAUCUGUUAUUGCCUUAACUCGCCAGCUUCAGCCAACUGUUUUAGAGAGGCCUGAUGGAUAGAUCACCCAUAACUGUAAGAUGUCUUAUCAACAGUAUUUCUCGGUUCAUUCUUCUAGUUUCCUGCCAGACAAGGACACAUAUGCCUAUUCAAAAGGAUUAUAGGAGCAUGGCUAUGGUUUUAAAGCAUUUGAAAACGGUGCUUGAUGAAAUUGUUGAUCACAAAGUAUCAUCUGAUGAAAUCCUAUAUAAAGAGUGUGAAGAACUUGAUUUGGCUGUUAAUGAGGCUAGGGAAUUUAUGGAGAACUGGAAUCCGAAGAUGAGCAAGAUUUGCUGUGUUCGAAAGAGUGAGGACUUGUUUAUUAAAAUCCAAGCCUCUUCACUAGAGAUUUGUCAUGUAUUAUCCAGACUGUUGCAAUCUUCUUCCUCAAUUUCAAGUUUAACUAGCAUUCAGCACUGCAUGCAGGAGCUUCAAUGUUUGAAACAGGAAAUGAUAACAGAACAUAUAGAGGCGGCUUUGAGAAGUAAAAGAGAUUAUAUUGUUCCUUGCACUGAUCACCUACCAAAAAUUAUUGAGGCACUAAAUUUAUCUUCGGAUGGUGAACUCUUGAAAGAAAGUGUGGCUGUUGAAAAGGAGAGAAUGAAUAUUCAAUUCAAUAGUGCUAAAGGGAACUUAGAGCAAAUCAACCAAAUUGUGGCUCUUAUAUCUGAAAUACGAAAUUGCUUGCUUAAAGUUGAGUGCUUGGAACCAAAGAGUGGGGUCCCAAUCCCUUCAUAUUUCCGCUGCCCUUUAUCACUGGAACUCAUGUUGGAUCCUGUGAUUGUGGCUUCAGGGCAAACCUAUGAGAGGACUUCUAUUCAGAAAUGGCUUGAUCAUGGCUUGACUAUUUGCCCAAAGACCCGCCAGACACUUGCUCACACAAAUCUCAUUCCCAAUUACACUGUAAAAGCUAUGAUAACAAACUGGUGUGAGGAAAAUCAUAUAAGAGUUUCUAGUAACUCUAAGCAAACCAAUUGUACCUUAGCUUCAGUCUCAUCAGAUCGAUCAUUACUGUGCUCAGAUAGUUUCAAUUGCUCUCUGCAAAGUAGCAAUUCUACGUCAAAAUCAUCUUUUGAAGCUACAAAUGGAUUUGAGAAGCACAGGGUUGAUUUCUCAUCUAAAUUAAGCAGAGAAGCAGCCAAUGGAUAUCAAAGUGGGCAGACUGAAAGCAUCGAGCGCCCAUCCCGUGAACUGUCGUAUAUUCACAGCAGGAGUGAAUCAGCCUCAAGUGCCAUAUCCAGUAUUGAGUAUGUAUCUCCAGUAACAAAUGAAGAGUCAGCAAUACCCAUCAAGCAUGCAAAAGCAAGUGGUUUGUCAGGAGAGAUCACAUCCAAAUGCCUGAAUAAAGAAUCAGGAUUUUCUUCCUGGUUGUCUGGAAACCAAUUAGUGAAAGCUGACAGGGAAAGCAAUGCAAACCAUAACCACAGAAAACACUCUCUUUCCUUUUUGAACUCCAGUUCUGAUCAUCUGGUUACAACUUCUCAUGUCAGUGAUUUGAUAGAAGACCUUAAAAGCCAAUCAAAUGAAUUGCAGACAACUGCUGCAGCAGAACUACGGCUUCUUGCUAAGAACAAAAUGGAGAAUCGCAUCUUUAUAGGCCACUGUGGUGCCAUUGCUCCAUUGCUUUCUCUACUAUACUCAGAAGUGAAGCUAACUCAGGAGCACGCUGUUACAGCCCUGUUGAACCUAUCUAUCAGUGAAGAAAUUAAAAUCAUGAUUGCAGAAGCAGGAGCAGUAGAACCCCUUAUUCACGUCUUAAAAUCAGGAAAUGAUGGAGCCAAGGAGAAUUCUGCAGCAGCCCUAUAUAGUCUCUCUGUUUUGGAAGAGUACAAGGCAAAAAUUGGCUGUUCUGGUGCUGUUAAAGCCUUAGUGAAUCUUCUAGCCUCUGGGACUCUAAGAGGGAAAAAAGAUGCUGCUACUGCUUUGUUUAACCUUUCAAUUCUCAAUGAAAACAAGGUUCGUAUAGUUCAAGCUGGAGCUGUUAAGUAUCUUGUUGAGUUGAUGGAUCCUGCCAAUGGGAUGGUUGACAAGGCAGUUGCUCUUCUUGCAAAUUUAUCAACAACUGGGGAAGGGCGCUUGGCUAUUGUGCGUGCUGGAGGCAUUCCUUUGCUGGUUGAGAUUAUUGAAGCAGGAUCUCAUAGGGGAAAGGAAAACGCUGCUUCUAUAUUGCUGCAAUUAUGCCUUAGUAGUCCCAUGUUCUGUAACCUUGUUUUGCAAGAAGGAGCAGUUCCUCCCCUUGUUGCCUUGUCCCAAUCCGGCACACUGAGAGCAAAGGAAAAGGCACAGCAGCUUCUAAGUCAUUUCCGUAAUCAGAGAGAAGUGUCCAUGAGAAAGGGUAAAUCAUGAGAAGAGACCAAUUUUGUUUGAUUGUGGUUUUUUAGAAUAUAUUUGCUUUCCAUCAAGAUGUAUGGGAGCUCUUUUUUCCACAUAAUUCUUAGGUGCGUAUAUUUGUUUAUGUUGUAGUCUUGAUUUAUUUCUCAGUAGGAAAUAUCAUGAUGAUUAGAUUCUAGUUUUCCCAAAUAUUUGAGUGCAGUCACUGGGGAUUUGUGCUUUUGUUUUGGUUUCUUAGAUAGAAAAAUGGAUGAUUUCUUGUGUCCUAAAUGAUGUAUAUAUCAUGUAUAUAAUAUUUAUGCAUCAAUGCAUCUUCUAUACAAUAAAAGUAUAAACAAUGAAGAUUGAUGGCUUUUCAUACAUAAA